UUGUAUAACAUCCGACCAAGUGCAACCAUUUGCAUUUAAAUGGAAGAUUGAUUGCACUUGUUUACUCAGUAUUACCAAUCUCAGAGCCAACUAUGUCCUCAAAAGAUAUACCUGACUUGGCCCCAGCCAGCAUACCAUCGGCAGUACAGUUUGAUAUCAACAAGGACUUCCAUACGCGCCCGCACCACCAGGAUUUGGAUAAGUCUUUUAUCGGAUAUGAGCGUCGCCCAUGGAUAAAGCAGACUUUCCGGAGGGACCCGCGUCGUGAGCGUGAAAUUCUAAGCGCACUCGUUGCACAAACAGUAGAGGCAGACUAUGUCACAGACUGUGUGGAUAAAUUGAUUGACGAGAACAUCAGCUGCAGAGACCUGGCGUCACUUUCCAACGAAGAUCUGGACCUAUUUGGUUUCAAGCAUGCCAACCAGCGCAAAGAACUUCUCAAGAUUUUUGCCAAAAUGCCUAACCAAGAUCCCAGCUAUGAGGAGAUCUGUAAUGACCCAAUUGCAAGAAACUUUAACAACAAAAUUAUUGAAAAUGCUGGCGGUCAUUUUAUGUCUCUAAGGGCCUCCAUGGCUGCCACGAACUACAAGCUUCAAGUGAUGCCGCCAGAAGAUGUGGUCGUCGGCGAUAAGAAUUAUGCCAGCAGCUUCGCUUUAGAAACGCUCAAGAGCGUAAAGAAGAUUACGGAUGAGAUAGCCAAGGAUCUACGAGAAAUUCAGGACAAUGCCCAGAUUCAGUGGAAAAAGCAGGAGGCUGAAGCUAAAGCUACCAAAAAGAAAAAGUUUAGCAUUGCCACUAUACUGUACUUUACUGCCCUUGCUGUGGGAUUUUCCUGCACUUGGUUUUGGUGGUGGACCAAGUUCCACAGCGUUCCCCGCCUGGAGAGGAUCUCAAUUCAGACAUAAGCACAAACCAACAAAGCAUUUAUCACAUAUAAGCAUUCCUAUAGGUUUAAGGAGCUACAGUUCGAGUUUUAUACUGUGUUAAACUUAUUUAAUAGCUCCAACAAAGUUUACUGCCUAGAAUAAGCUAAAGUGUUAUAAGAUGUAAUGAAGUUUUCUGCCCAACAUAAAAAAUGUACUAAUAUUAA